CAACCAAAUUGUUUAAGUAAAUAUUCAAAACACAAACAGCAGAAAUUUCUGCGAUUUUCUCUCUCCAUCUCCUAACAACUGUUGAGUGCGCUUGUUUGUGUGUGUGUGCGUGCGUGUCAGUAUUACAGUAAAUUUUUAAAAGAAAGUCUCCGCAUAUUUUGGCAAAAUAUUGGAGAAUAAAUUUACAUCAGAUCUCGUUUUGCUGCGCGCUUAAGUUUGAGGUUAAGUUUUCAUAUUUCUGUACGACAAGCCUGAGAGCUAACGGGCCAGAUUAAAACACAUAUUCACAGCUCUAACCUCAUAAAAAUACACAUACAAUAGAAAAGCAUUACCAAGAAAGCGCACGCUGAAUCACGAUCUUUGCCAAAAGUUAUUUCCGUUGAUUGAAAGUCAAUUUAUUGUAUGAGUCAAAAAACUGAAAGACCAGUGCUAUCGGGUCAACGCAUCAAGACCAGGAAAAGAGAUGAAAGAGAAAAAUAUGACCCAACGGGAUUCCGUGAUGCGGUCAUUGCUGGUCUCGAAAAAACUGAAGGCGACCUGGAUCAAAUCUCUAAAUAUCUAGACAGCGCGGGCAACAAGCUCGAUUAUCGUCGAUACGGUGAAGUGCUGUUCGAUAUAUUGAUUGCGGGUGGUCUACUGGUGCCUGGCGGUUCUAUAUCUCAGGAUGGCGAAAAGCCACGCACAAAUUAUUGCAUCUUCGAUGCACCCGAGGAUAUGGAGUCAAUGCGCAACCAUGAACAGGUGUUUGUUAAACUCAUUAGACGGUACAAGUACCUUGAGAAAAUGUUCGAAGAGGAGAUGGGUAAAGUUUUGUUAUUCGUAAAGGGCUUUACUCCAAGUGAACGCAUUAAACUUGCGCGCAUGACUGCGCUCUGGUUAGUUAAUGGCUCUGUACCGCCAAACGUAUUGCUGGUACUAAACAAUGAGCAUCUGAUUAAGGAUGGCAUUGCACUCGAGUUUUUAUUGGAGCUGUUUUUAACGUUCAAGCAAGAGAAGGGCAUUGCAUAUCUUAUUCAGGCGCUUAAAAAAGGUGGACUGGAAAGCAAACUUAUGGACUUUUUCCCACCAAACAAACGUACUGAAGAAUAUUUUAAGCAAGUUUUUCUUGACAAAGAACUCAAUGAGAUCAUUAAGUUGCAUAAGGCACAGGCCAGCCAAGAGGCCAAACGUGAACUGCAGCAGACCCUCAUCGAUGAUAUUAAUGACGAGAAGGCACAUAAUGAGAUAACUGCAGACAUCAAAGAGUUUGCACUGCGUACCAACAUUCCUGAUCAUGAGAUAAUUGUUAUUAUUUGGUCCACAAUCAUGUCGUUGGGUGAAUGGAACAAAAAGGAGGAGCUUGUCACUGAUCAAGCUGUGCGUCAUCUGAAGGUAUAUUGCACUCUAUUGAAAGCCUUCGCCUCAACGGAUCGUUCAGAAUUGGCAUUGAUAUUGAAAGUGCAGGAGUUCUGCUAUGAGAACAUGAAUUUCAUGAAAGCGUUCCAAAAGAUCAUCUUACUAUUUUACAAGACCUCGGUAUUGUCCGAGGAGAUCAUCUUGCGCUGGUACAAGGACGGCCACUCCAACAAAGGCAAGAUGCAUUUCCUUGAGCAAAUGCGCAAAUUCGUCGAAUGGCUCCAAUCUGCCGAGGAAGAAUCUGAAUCGGAUGACGAGCCAAAAUUGGGCGACUAACAAAUAUAUUAUGCGCAGUUCAUUAUCUCGUCGACAAAGGAAUACAAAUCGAUAGAAUGAAGCCGCUACCAACUGUCAACAUUAUAUAUUUUGCAUUAACAACAGCCAACCGAACUACACUCCCAUUUGGAAACUAUUCCUAGAUGUUAACAAGACCUCCAUGGACUCUGCAACGUGAAGAGAGAAAGAGAGAACCAAGCCGCAAAAUUCGAAAUUUACUGUACACAUUUUAAUAGUGUUUCAAAACUGCUUUCUCAAUUUUAAAACGUGCACUUAAAAAUUGUUAAAUUGA